UAUUUUUCGUGAUGGAAUGUAUAUAGAACCGAGAGAACAGCUGAAAAGUAAAAGACGAAAAACCCAAAGUAUAAAAUAGAGGCUGGAUAGCUCAGUUGGUCAGAGUGUGGUGCUGAGAGCUCCAAGGUUGCAGGUUCGAUCCCCAUAUGGCGCAGCUGCUUAUUCCUGCAUUGCAGGGGGUUGGACUAGAUGAUCCUUAGGGUCCCCUUCCAACUUUACAAUUCUGUGAUUCAAUAAUUCUAUGAUUAAGCAGUUUCACGUGGGCUAAAGUAACAAAAGUCCAAGGAAAGACUAUCGGUGUUAUUGGAUUAUCAAGUAUAGCUCCAGAUUUGCCACAGGCAUGGAACGCUUCAUAAUGAUGGUUCUGUUGUAUAUGUAAGAAAAGGAGCCAAAUCAUAUUUAAAGUGCCUGGAAGUUCUAGAGCUUGUCAAAAUCUCGAAUUAGGCAUAAUUUCCCCGAUUAUAGAUGAAUUCUAAAACAUUUUCUUGUUUUCUGAUCUGGCUUCGGAAAAGAGCAGGUGAGGCAGCUGGAAGCAUGGCCUGCACAGCCUCCCCCUCUGCCUCUACCAUCUUUGCCUUCUGCCUCCUGACCGUCUGCCCCACGGACUCCCUCGACCCUGGGCCCGCCGCGCCCCCCAGCCUCCCCGAGGUGGGCAACAGCUUCCCAAGCCGGGAUGCCUGGCCGCACCCGAUGAUACGGACCACGGCGCACCACCGCGGGCACGGCGGCCUGGGCAAACACGACCGGGCCCAUUAUGGCAUGCCGGCGCCCAGAGGGGGCAGAGAGGGGCCCGGCCUGCGGGUACUGAGCCGGCCGGCAUCGGUUGACGACCCAGGGCGGGCGGACCGGCCGGCGGGCCUCCGGCAAAAGGACGUUUUCCUGGGCUUUGAGUUUCCGUAUCCCGAUCAGGAAAACCAUGCCCCCGGCUCCGAACGGGUGAAGAAGCAGAACCGGGACCACAGGCGCCACAGCCGGAGAGACAGGUUGAGGCAGCACAGAGGAAAAGCUUCUGACCCGGGUCCAAGCGCCCUGUACAAGAAACCCGAAAGCUUUGAGGAGCAGCUUCAGACCCUUCACGGCGGGGAAGGGUCUUCGGCCGGCUUGCCUCCCACCUCCUUCCUGGGCCCCACGGUAAAGACAUCCACUGAGGAGCCCCCUGCCCUCCACGCAACGUCCGCCCGGCCCCAGGUGCGAGUCAGGCAGGAAGGUGACGUUAUGCCCACCCUAGACAUGACGCUCUUUGACUGGACUGACUACGAAGAUCUCCGGCCGGAUAUGUGGCCUUCGAUCCGGAAGAAAGACAAACAGCGUGGUAAGAACGGGGGCAACGAAACCACCCCCGCCGAGGGAGAGUCCUGCGACCAUCACCUCGACUGCCUCCCAGGAUGUUGCUGUGAUCUACGGGAGCACCUUUGCAAACCCCACAACCGCGGCCUUAACAACAAAUGCUACGAUGACUGUAUGUGCACAGAAGGCCUACGCUGCUACGCCAAAUUUCACCGCAACCGCAGGGUGACCCGGCGAAAAGGCCGCUGCGUGGAGCCGGAGUCCGCUGAUGGAGAUCAAGGAUCCUUUAUUAAUGUCUAGAAGGGUACCAGGGUGCUUUCUCUGGGCCUGGAAGCAGGAGGAAUUAAUUUAUAACUAGUGUCACCCGGGAGGGACACGGACCAAAUGACUCAGACGCUGUAGGCUAAGCUGGGAUUGAGAC